AAGAGUUUCUCCGUAGACAAUUGGGCCGUCACAGUGACAACACUGUGCUGCGAGUCGCUGACACGUUAACCUCAUUUAAGAGCUAACCUAAAAGUGCAGUGUUAGGGCUCUGUCAGUGUUUUGUCUCUGCAAUUUGGGGCCAUGGCAGGACUUAGGCGCACCCUGCGGACCGUCCUAAAGAACUACAACAGCCCGUGUUUUCAUGUGAAGCGGCUGCUCAACUACACGGGCCAGUGCUAUGAUGGGGACAGCGACCCGGGCCCCAUUUUCAUCAACCCAGACGUUCAGGGUAUUCUCCAGUCGCUGACGCGCGUCGAUUAUGACCGCGUGUUCAGAAAGCGGAAGCUCGGAACGAAGAAGCCCAGUGACCCGGAGUACAAGUUUAUGACCGAUGCGGAGUUGCAGGAGGCCCUGCGGGCCGCUAAGGAAAGAGCUGCGGAGCUCCUGCAGAUUCCGCCGGUGGUCAAAGUGCGAAACACCGAAGCAAAAGUGGUGUGCAAAGACCCGGAGCUGCAAGGGCUGGAAAGCAGCCGAAUGGUGUUCACGGAUAUAACUUUCGGGGUGCAGGACGAGCAGCGAAUUGUGGUGGUGAGGGAGCCGGACGGCACCCUGCGGGAGGCCGAGUGGGCGGUGAGGCAGCGCGUGAAUCAAACCUACUUCCCGGACAAGGCAAAACAAAUGCAAGUACCGCGGAUGUUUCUGGACAGCUACCUGGAAAGACUGCUGGACAAGAACGAGUACGAGUAUGUCUUGGACCGGGCGUGCGUCCAGUUCGAACCAGACGACCCCGACUAUCAGCGCCUGAUCUCCAUUGUCUAUCAGCAUCUGAAUGACCACAACAAAUUCGAGCUGUUGAGGUCGACGCGCCACUUUGGUUCAUUGACGUUCUACCUGGUGUGGAACCGGAACAUCGACAACCUGCUCCUGGAGCUGAUUCAGACGAUGCGCAUCGAGGAGGCCGAUCAGCUGCUGGCCCUGUAUUCGUUAAUCCAUCAAAAGCGCUUCGAGGGCGAAGACCCACUAGAUCGGGUGCAGAGCUACAUAGAGCAGGCGGCUGGUAAAAAGGGCUCGCUAGAACUGGCUGUGCAGGCCUACAAGGACGUGGCUGCAAGACGGGCCGUUGAGGCCCUUUGAAAAUAGUUAGUAUCUCCUCAUCACCAUUUAUAGUUAACAGGAAAGGUUGGAUUUGUUUAAUACAAAGCAGGGUUGGCUUGA